GUGUUUAGGUUACGGAAGUGGUUGAAUAGAAGCAAAGGACUAUGACUACUGGAAUACUUCAGCUUGAUUCAAAUAAGAAUAAGGUGAGGUAUUUCCGUAAUGGCCACUAAGGAUCUGGUGCCCGAACAGGAAAACUUUGUUCAACUAUCAUUAGCCAGUACCGAUGAGGUUCGAGUAGUAUUGGGAUACAUUUUACACCAUCACAUACCACCAGAAGAUCUUUUCAAGAAAAUCAAAUCAAGCAAAACAUUGACAAGUGGAAAACAAAAGCUCAGCUCGGAGCAAUUAAAGCUUUGUUGUAUCCCUGGUCCUGUUGUCCCAAAGUAUGAAUGUUUUGAUAUUACUUUACUUUACAAACUGAUCAGGAACCUUUGUCCAACAUUACAACCUUCUCAAGGAUGGGGACAAAAACCUCAACAAACAGACAUUAAACUUGGAGAUGAUAUCGAGCGCCUCAGACUCUUUAGAAAUGAAAUGGUUGGACAUGUGGAAUCUUCUAGUGUACCUGACGAUGUAUUUAAUUCCAGAUGGGAUGAACUGAGAAUUAUUUUCAAAAGAAUACAAGGAUCCAUGGUAUUUAGAGGGGUCACGAACGACUUUGUGAAAAAGCUUGAAUAUAUCAAAACAAUGUCUUUUGGCUGGCAAUACUACGAAAAGAUUGCAUUACGUUUACUGAUUGAACGCAAUAAUCUUACAGAUGCACAAAAACUAACAUUAGACGGCGAUCAAAGAAAAAUAUGCGGUGAAAGUGCAAGUUUUAUGGCAAAGUAUGGAGAUGGAGAUAUAUUAAAUAACUGGCCAAUUAUUUGGCAAAAAAUUAUAGGAAACACAAUUGAGCAGUUAGUCAUUAACACAGAGAGGUACAGGGGUAGCUCCAGUCAAAUACUAAAUAUUCCACGGGUCACCAAAGAUGAUCAAGGAGAGUAUCGGGCGACUGUAUCACGUGAGGUGAAUGGAACUCACGUUCAAAUUCCCAGUAACUCCAUCUACCUCACGGUGACAGGAGACUUACCGAUUCUGAAAAUAGAAAACGCUCUUUCUAAAGAGGACAGGGUAACCAUUCAUUACAGUUUUAGUGUCAACGAUCAAUCUCCUGCUGUAGAAAAGAUUGUGUGGACCAAAGAUGGAAAACCUUUAAAGACGAAUCCAGAUAAGUACAGUGGUGGACAAUUAGUGGAUACAUGCUUACAUAUUCACUCCCCAGCGUCGACUGAUAUUGGUCAGUACAGGUGUGAAGUUUCUAAUGCCGUGGGAUCCGUCUCGAAGCCCAUAGAUUUGACUGUGCCUGUGGUAUACAUAAAUGAGGAACUUCAAGUAACUGUAGGAAACCCUAUCACCAUUAAACCUUCAAUUCAGUCUUGUCCAACACCAAUAUCAGCAAUGUGGCAAAAAAGAUCAGGAAAUACUACAGAAGAGUUUGAAAUGCUAGAUAUUAAUGACUCGAAGUACUUUGGAAGUGAAGUUGGUCUAGAAGAUCCGAGACUAAUCAUACCGGAAACAACGCAUGAAGACGGAAUAUAUUACCGACUCAUCGUGUCCAACGGGUUAGGCCAAAGUACAAGCAACACAGCUUUUCUGAAGCUCAUAGGAGAAGUUCCGUCGUUAUCCGUCCACGACGAAACAAGGAUAUUGGAGAAAAGUGUUACGUUGAUAUGUGAAAUGACUGUGCCUGAUAAUUCCCCAAAGGUGUCUGAAGUCUUUUGGACGAAAGACGACAAAAAGAUUGACAUUCCAGGAAGAGAAGGAAAAUAUUCAGGAGGAAGUAUUGCUGACCCCUCACUAACUAUCAAGGCUGUGAGCUUAAAGGAUAAAGGCAUAUAUCAAUGUUACGCAUCGAAUCUCAUGGGACACAUGUGGAGUGAAAAAAUUCAUCUGGGUCCACCUGCAAUUGAGUUCGAAAAUCCAGACUUCGAUGAACUUCACGGGACUGUUAUUUACAACGCUACGAUUAAAUCCAUUCCUGCUGUUUUUAAAGUUGUGUGGAAAUUAAAACAAGAUGCUACUGGCGACUAUCAAAUUAUUGAUACGCAUGAUCCAUUAUACAAAGGAUCCACAGUCGCCUUGCCUCGUCCGAGGCUGGUGGUCAACAAAUACAGAACCGAUCACCAAGAAUCAUUUCAGCUUGAAGUUUUCAAUUUCAUUGGAAUUAGUAGAAGGGAUAUAUAUGUAAACGGUAAUUACAGAAAAUGCUGUCAGGACCCAACAGAGGAGGAAAGAACAAGUAAAUAUCAUAUGACAGAAGAAUCAUUGGAAUCCUUUUUGGAGAAACUAGGAUUGGCGGAUACAAUAGAUACGUUUAAGAAAGAAGGUAUUGAUCUGGAUUUACUGCAAACCAUGACGGCAGAAGAAUUGACAGAAACCGGCCUCUCUUUUGGAAAACGAAGAAAGAUAUUAGACGCAUUAAGAACCAAAGUGAUGGGUAACUACGGAACCUGUGACGGAGAUUGGAGGAAGGACGAGAUUAGAAUAGUGUUAAUCGGUAAAACCGGAAGUGGAAAAAGUGCCACUGGAAACACCAUUCUCGGGAAGAAAAUGUUUGUUUCAUCUGUUUCGGCGUCAUCUGUGACAAGCAAGUGUUCAAAACAUCAUGCAGUUAGAUUCGACAGAAAAAUUCUAAUUGUUGAUACCCCUGGUAUUUUUGACACUAAACAAUCAAAUGAAAAAAUCCAACAAGAAAUUGCAAAAUGCAUAGGCAUUACAUCGCCCGGUCCCCAUGCUUUUGUUUUGGUACUCAGCGUUUCUAGAUACACAGAGGAAGAACACAAAUCCAUUAUGCAUUUUGUCAACCACUUUGGUGAAGACGUCUUCAAGUAUUUCAUUGUUCUUUUUACACGAAGAGAUGCACUUGAAGAGGAAAACGUAUCUUUACAGGAAUAUAUCAAAACCGUUCCUCCACAUUUGAUAAAAUGUAUUGAGAAGAGUGGGGGAAGAGUCAUUGCAUUCAACAACAAACUGAAGGGUGAAGAAUUGGAUGCACAAGUUGUUGAGUUAUUGGCGAUGAUAUUGGACAAUGUAGAGUGCAAUGAGGGCAAGUGUUACACAAAUGAAAUGUAUCUCGAAGCUGAAAAGCUUAUUAAGGAACAGGAAGAGGAGGAUCUAAAGAUGGCGAAAGAAGAACGAGAAAAAGAACUCAAAGCAAUUGAAAAGAAACUAGCUGAAAAGUAUGAAGCAAAGUUUGCUAAAGAACAAGAAAGGCUAUCUAAAACACAAUCUCAUCUGGAGGAGCUGAUAAGAAAGCAUGAGCAAGACAAAGAACAAUCGCAGGAUCUUAAACAGAAGAUUAAAGAAUUAGAAAAAACACUAAAAGAUAGCAAAGGAGAAAACAAAGAAGAGUUGAAACAAACAUUAGAAUUCCUACAAAAGGAAAUGUCUACCAACAAGGCUAUAAGAGAGAAAGAAGCACGCGAAAUUAAAGAAAUGCAAAAAACAAAUGAAAAAGAAAGAAAACUUCGAGAAGAUAUGAUGAAAAAGCUGGAAUUGGAAAGGAAGGAAAUGGCCCGUGAAGCGGAUGAGAGAUACAGGAAAGCAGUGGUAACCGUCCGGGACAAUAAGAGGGAGGAAAUAGAGCAAGGAAACGGCUUGUUCACGAGAGUGAAAGAUUCGAUUGCCUAUGGUAUAUCAAAGCUGAAUCCAUUUAACUGGUUUUCCUGAAUGCGUCAUUUGAAAAAAAAAAAAAAAGCCAUACCAGGACAAAUGAAUUUGCAUGAGCAUUGCUCUAAAAUGUAUAUUUAGUGUAUCUUUUCAAUAUAUUUACAUUUUUCAAUUAAUGACUCGUGCCCAAGAUAUGUCAGGCAUGCCCGCAAAAGAAACAUUCAGAGCACAUAUAUAAUAAUUAUCAACGUAACAGAAAUGUUUUCUCUGUAUUCUAAAUGUUGUGGACGACACCAACCAAAAACAAAAACAAACAAAAAGAGUAAGUAAACAAAGAACAAAGAAAAGCUUCACAGUAAUCCCAAAUCGAAAUUGUUGAAUUAUUGAAAAGCCUGUCAACGCUAAACUUAUUCCAGCGAUGUGUAAACAUUUUCAAAGGCAAUUAAGAGACAAACAAUUCAAAGAAAUGAAACAAAGUCAAUUUACAUCGAUCUGGACGCAGACAAUGUUAAAAUUAAUCUGCGAGAGGAUGAUAUGAUCUUCAGGAAACUUUUUUCCAUACAGCAAAAGAAAACAAAUCCGACAUAAAAGGAUUGGGAAGAGAAUCUGAGAAAAAGACAAAAGCUACAAAAAUAUUUCGAUAAAGAUAUUUUCUUGUGACUGCAUAUUCUCACAGUAUUGAACACUGUUAGUUUGAAACUUUGUUCCCACACACACCGCCACUACCCCUACGAACAGAAAUAGCGGAUUGUUUCCAUUUGUUGUGCUUUUUUAUCACUGUAGUGUAUCCGCGCCGGUUCUGACGUGUUUAGACAAAGUGAGAAUUGGGAGAAAUGCAGAACAGCGCGUGAUGUGUGUGUCCUUUCAACGUUGAGAUAACGGUAAAUAUAAUGUUAAACAUUCGAAGUUUCUACAUGCACUCUAAUAUGCAUUUGAAUGAAAUUGACGCUUGUUCAUUUCGUUAUUAAGCCCCCGUCACACUAUCACGAGUUAAUGCCACGAGUGCUGGGGAGUUAUUACUCACCAUGCCUCUUUAGGUAUCACAUAAGACUAGAACACAUAUUUGUGCAUGUCAAAUAAAUGUUUUUUCAUACCGCCAGUACUCGGCAAACAGCGGUAAUUAUUUCAAACGGUUCAAAGUAGUCGUGCAAUUUUUUAGUCUCGCACAAAUGCCGAAGACAUGUUGAAUUGAUGUCGCCGAAUCUCGUGUGCGUGUUGACGACAUGUUGUCAAAUGUUACCGCUUCACGCCGUGUAGAAAGUAGUGUAGAAAGUAGUUCGACAUGCUACGAAAUGCGUUGCGAGUUCGGAGGACAAUAAUGCGCCAGACAGGCAAAAGGUUUCAAAGACAUCUGUUCAACAUUUUUACAAUUGUGUACGUGUUCUGUUCGACAUUGCUACGAAUUUUUGCGAUGGUGAUUGCAUAAAAAGGGGUGUGCAUAUUGUGUAUCAGCACUAGAUUUUUGUCAAUACUUUAUUACAUGGGUGAUCACAAAAUCACAUUUAACAGCAUCUUCCUCCAUUACUGUAAACUUCUAGUUUUCUGAGCAUCUGACGGGCCUUGGAGAUAAUAUUACAUCUAUGAGAAUCGACAGACAAAUGCUCCAAAACUGAAAUACUACCAAUUUGUAGAGCCAAGUCGUAAUAGGUCGUCUACACUCGUACAGUUUUUGUAGAACAUUCGUCACAACUCGUCAAAAACUCGUGCAAAUGUCGACUAGACUGACCUCAGUUCGUACAUUCUCGUAGCAAAAUCUUCUAUUCUGGAGAAAGCGCCGUACACACAUCGUAGAGAUGUUGCCUAAAACUCAUUUUAAAAAGAACACAUCGUACUGCUCUCGUGUCAGUGUGGAAGAUGAAUCAAGCAGAGGUCGAACGGAUGUCCACAUCAUCAACAACCAUCGCAAACUCGUAGAGUUUAUGACGAGUUAUAAUUCAUCAGUACUCGUAUUAACUCGUAGCUCCAAAUCGUAACAGUGUGAUCGGGACUUAUAUAAUCACUCAUCGAAUCAAUUGUUUAUCGAUACAUUUGUCAUUAUUAUCCGUUUACCACGUUUUCCUUCCUGUCUAUCAAAUUAAUAUUCUAUGUAUAUAGUAUAUGAAGCAACAAAAAUAGAAAUCAUAUAUAAAAUGUGUCAUACGUAUGUAUAAAAGAAGUCAUAUGUUUCCCCAUACAAUAUAAUGUCUGAAAGCAUAUUGUUAUAUCACUGAAUGUACCUCUCAACAUAUAUGAUAUAUGAUACGGUUUGAAUCAUUACAAUCGUCUGGUUUGGAUUCCAAAUCA